AUGCCAAAUCUGUUUGAAUCGGCAGAGCGAUUAUAUAAGCGGAUAUCUGGGGGUAAUCAACGCUUUAGUCGGAAAGUUGACUCCCGUUCUAAUGAUGGGACGGCUCUCUCCUCCACCAACCCUAUUGGUGGUGAGGCAUCAGGACCAUGGAAGAACUAUUCCUCCUGUGCUAAUAGUACAUCGAACCUGGCUACCUCCUCGAAAUCUGAGUCUAACGACCACGGUUGGGUACCUCAUGCCUCGCCUCGUUUACCCCAACCCCCUGGAGAUUUGACCGAAGUCUCCAGUCCCAGCGAUACCGACGAAGGUGGGGGAUAUGAUUCAGCGUUAACAAACCCAAAUGAGUCCCGAAACCAACGCCUCCGACAGAGUUUACAGAGAGCUAAAGCUGCAAACUUUGAGAUGCCAACUGAUAUUCAAAAUCGUUAUCCUAGUGCUGAGCAUCUCUACACACAAAACACUGAAGGUUUCGGUGAUGAAGAAAGAAAUAAAGAUGAGGGUGAGGAAGAUGAAGAUGAGACCUACGAUGAUCCGGAGCGAUGCAUUGACGAACAACCAGGAAGAGAUGGAGACGGUGAACCUGAAAGCUUACCUCGCCCUUUUGUUGCAUCAAAAAUCUCGCAGUCGAGAGUUGGAAUUCGUUGGUCAUCCGAUCCACCACAACCAUUAGUAAAUAUUCUGCCGAAAAUUAGACGCGGUCUUACCCCACCAAAUACGGAAUUUGUGCGAGCUAUUUGUCAGCGUCAGUCCUGCCGAUGUUUACUUCGUGGACACGAUACACUGAUGCUGUUUCCACUGUUUGAUGCAGUUCUUUGCGAAUCUACAUGGGAGAAGAUUAAGGAGAGUCAGUCAUUUGCAGCCUCUUCGUCCUCUCGUUCAGCCUCUCAUUUUCUGUCACGUUUACAGCAUAGUCAUUCCUCAGGUCCUUCAUCCGAAACUCAGGCCAAUUUAAUAAUGUUUCGACAGUGUCGAGGAUGGUAUGAAGUGAUGAACGAGAAUCACGAACCUGUACCUCACUGGACCACCACAGAGGAAGUUCGAAUGGCUAAGCCUCCAACAUUUCUUGUUCGUCGAGACCUAAAGUGUCUUUUGGCCCCAUGUGAGCUGUGGGUGCCACCACAACUCGGCGAUUGCGUUGGAUCCAAUCCAAACUCUGCUGCAAAUAAUGGCUGUGCGCCUCCACCGAUUCCCAUUUCCUCGAAGACUGUAAUCGAAGCGGCAAACCCCAAAACUAUAGCAGCUAGUACUCCUUUUAUUCUAAAGCCAGGAAUGCUAUUGUCUUACGUUGACUAUCUUCACGAUUGUACUGUGAGUCGGGGAAAGAAAUUAAAGCAGAUAUCAUUGAUUCUCGCGGUGGAGAAACAACGUUCCCAGCGUCAGGCUGAAACCCCUUCUUCACCCAGAAGGCUGUUUUACAUUGGCACGGAGGAUGCCUCAAGUCAGUCUGUUUUUCCUACCAAACUGGCACUGAGUCAAGUAGCAGGUCCAGAAAACAUUUCUGGUGUGCACACACUUUCUUCAGUGCUGCGAAAAUUUAGACUUCCAUUGUCGAUUGUACCUGUUGCAGUUCCAGAAAGAAAACUCUCCUUAAUAGGCAGCAAUUCAAGUAGUUUAAGCAAUGACUCGGGGUCGACAAAUUAUGCAACUGCCCAAUCCUCCAAACCUGUGAACAUCUUUCCAACGGUGCCUGGAAUCACCUUUACAGAACGCAAUUUUAUUCGUCUUCGGGGCUUACUGCGAGGAGAUAUUAUGAUUGUAGCACCGGUGGAUGCUCCAGACCGAUUUUUCCUUAUUACUCCAACUCUGCUACAAGACCACCUCUUCCAAAUUGGGUUCACGGAAGAUGACAGGUAUCAACGACUCGCAGCAGGGCAUAAAAAUCGAACUAUAAACUUUAUCUCGAUGGCACAUCCACGCGAAUCCCUUGAAUAUCUUCUCGUUUACCUCAAGAACAUCACAAAUCGCCCACGAGUCAUAUCUUCGAGUGGCAAGAAUGAGAGCGUUGGUCGAGAAUUGUGGGAUCGCCUCAAUGCCGGAGCGCUGCAGACAUGUGAGAUUACUCCAGCAAUGGCAAAAGCCAUGUAUGCGGAGACUGGAAAGGACCCUCGAACGGGACCAUCUUGCGACCUUACACCAGAAGAACUAGAACUCAUGUACGAUGAGAUGGAUGACCUGUACUUUUUCACGCGAAACGGUUAUUUUCCGCCGAAGUCUCGACAAAGACGAUUGAGAUCGAGUUCGGUGGCUCCACAACAGCCACAAUUGCAACAACAAAUGUCGAUGAUGUCUUCGAGAGUGUCCGUUGGUGGGAUGCCAAGGGAACCUUUAAAACCCUCAGCUAUUCCAAGUGCGGAGCAACUGUUGGCGGCUAGUCUUAACAUCUCAACGUAUGAAUAA